UGGGAAGGCGCCAGCACCUAUUUAAAAGGGAGGAAAGCUACAAGCAUGGGUGAAGGAAAGAUUUCCAUUGCUGAAGGACUUGCCAUGUUACUGCUCUUGAGCACAGUCCAAGCCACUUUCUGUCCUCCCUGUUCCUGUGAUCCACUUCGAGAAUCAUGGGAUUGGGCAGUAAACUGCAGUUCUAGGCAACUGAAGGAAAUGCCUCCCCUCAUUCCUAACAUCAAAAUCCUUCGACUGCAAAACAACCAUUUGACCACCAUCCUUCCUGGUGCACUGGACAACUUGACCAAGCUGAAGGAAGUCGAUUUUUCCAACAACCCUUGGCACUGUGACUGCUCCAUUUUAUAUCUCAAGAUGUGGCUGGAAGACUUCGACAAAGCGUCUCUUGCCAAGGUUACAUGCACAACUCCAGCUGCUGUCCAGAUGAGACCCCUGAGCCAGCUCACUGGGAAUGAACUGGAAGGAUGUCGGAAGCCUCUCCCCAUCAAAUGCCUUGAUUUUUUUUGGAGGGACUUUGCUCUGAUUUUUGUAGCAAUCAUUGCCUUGAUUUUAGCAUGCUGCAUUCUGCAGUACUCAAAGAAACUGGCCUCCCAAGCUGCCAGAAAGCUGCAUCCCUCUGAAAUUCCCUUGCUGCGGGUUCAUGACCUGGAAAACCAGAAGUCAAAAUAAGGUGCUCCAGUGAGUAAUAGAUCUUCAGUAAAGGAUACUGAAGCCAUCAAUUUAAAAAGUCACCUUUGUACAAACUGCAAGCAUAUACAGACAUAGCACUGGUGAUAUUUUGUUUGUUCUUGUUAGUUAUGUAAGAACUCACCACGUAGCGCUUUUAUGUUUCUCAAAAUGGUAAUAACUACCACUGUCAUUGGAAUGAAGCCAAGGAUAAUCAAGUUCUGUUGACUGCGAAUAUUGUUUUGUAGCAAAUUAAUCCUAAAUGCAUUAAUACUACAGCAUGGGGUAAUGGAAAUGUGCUUCCAUGCACCAUGGCUUCUGCUGUUGUGGCACUCAGCCAUGUAAACAUUCCCAAAGAGAAUCAAUAAUACUAAUGCCAUGCAAACCUUGAUCUAAAAGCUCCAUCCGAUGAGCGUUUUAUUGCACAUUCGUUACUGGGCACUCACAGAGUUUGCUCAGGUCCCUCACAUGGCGUCGUCUGCCUCCAGCGCGCCUUCUGCCCCUUCUGCCCUUCCUUGUGUGGCAAAAAAACACCCUCAUUAAGUCUGAUGUGUACAGGAGAAGCAGUGCCAUUAGAACAGUGGACUCAAUUGGCCUCGUGCUCAUUAUGUACUUCCUCUUUUGAAAAGAGGAAGUAACUGAGGAAUGAAAACACAGGAGGAGAAGUGAUGGUAGGGAGCAUGUUAACCCCCGGUGUGAUGGAGCUUCAAGAGCUGCUUUUCCAAACAAGCUCUUUAUAGCAUUCUCAUGAGUGGCCACUCACAGAGGCUUGCAGGUCAUUUUGACGAUGUCAUGAACCUCCUGCAUGUCUCUUGCUCCUUUCCCUGGGUAAGGCUUUUUUAAAAAACAACAACUUGGAUAUCACAUUUCUUCUGAAAUAUCUCAGGAUUUCCUACCACAGGGCAGCUGAAGUUGUGCUACAAAAUACUCACUAGGGGGCGGUGUUGCAUUCAAUAAUAUGAAAACAAAGAGGAGGGAACAUUUUCAGUUACAGACCACGUGGUGGCUCCUCUCCUCUUGUGUAAUUCAGCUCAUUACAAUUGUGGAGGAAAAGCAGAAAACAAAGAGCCAGUAAGUAAACGUGAUUUCCCUUUAAUGGAAAGAGGCCAUUAGCCUUGAAACAUAGCCUUGUAUAUCAGGGGUUGGAUCAGGAUCUGCCUUCUGUAAAAGGAAGGGACCUUCAGCAAGAGAAGGGCUUUGCUUGCAGGAGGUUUUUCCGCAUGAGUUUUGGUCCUUGCCCUUCUCCCCCACAUCACAGCUCAGCCUAUUCAGCAGGGUCUCCUGACACUGUAUAGCACAGAUUCUCCAGGGGCAGAAGGGGCUGCCCUGGAAAGGAGGGGCAAGGAUGUCCACUUCCUCCAGUGCAGUUGAUCCAGCUUAAACUGGAUCCAACUCAAAACCAGUAAAGCUCAAAUUAAACAGGAUAUGAGGCCCAAGAAUUUGGAACUUUAAACUCAUAAUUGCUCACCUCAAAAUGAUCUGGACUAGAGUGCUCAGUUAGCACACGUAGGGGAGGAGCCAAUGUUAAUCCUACUUUGAGUAGACCCAUUGAAAUGAAUGGGACUUCAGUUAGUGAUGACUGACGGAGGUCCCAUUCAUUGCAAUGGGUUUAUUCAAAGUAGGAUUAACAUUGGAGACUAUACCUAUAUGUAAUUAUAGUGUGUACUUUCUGGGCAUGCUGCAACAAACUAUUUUAUGGCCCAUUUGAAAUUCUGCUGCACCAGCAAAUUUUAUAUCCUCAUGAAUAUAAAUAGAAAGCGGAGUACUGGUCUCAUAUUUACUACGGGGACUAUUUGUCUUUUAACAAAUACUUUUCUCUUCAGCAAAGGGAUGACUAAAUUUCAUGCCCGUGACACUGAUAUUUUAGUACUUCUUCCAGAUGUGUCUAUACUCCUUUGCCUACGGUUGCUAAACUUUAUGACUGAUAGUGAUUUUGUUGCAAUAACACUGUCUAUGAACUUAACAGUUGCAACUGUGCCAAUACAUCCCUGCCACAUUGGUUUCAUGAGGAUGCACCAGAAUGCUUUUUGUUAUUUAACAAGGUGUAAACCAUUAAAUAUUGUGCAAAGUG